AUGUCCAAUUUUGAAUGGCCUCCAGCUAAAAAUGAAGCUCAUGAACAUUUUGGAGAAGACUUCUCAAAGCUAGCUCCGUCAACGAGGAUCUCUGUUAGUCACGCACCGAUCCCUAGAAACGCUGAUCCUCUCAUUAUGCCAAUUUACCAUUCGUCCACAUACCGUUUCAGAACGAUGGCUCAAUUUCACGAGCCAAAUCAUGGGAAUAACUAUGUUUAUCAGCGAUGUGGAAACCCAACUGUUGAGAAUGUUGAAGUGAUCAUCAAUGAAAUUGAAGGAGGUGCAGCUACGCUUCUUUACAAUUCGGGAUUAGCUGCAGCUUCUGCUGUUUUUCUCGAAUUUUUGAGCGCUGGAGAUCACUUGAUUGCAAUGAAGCCAUGCUACAGUGGGACAUAUUCAUUCCUAACUGAAACCCUUUCUCGCUUUGGUGUUAAAAUUAGUUUUGCUGAUUCUGAAUCUGAUGGAUCAUUUGCAGAUAUUCUAGAGAAAUGUAGAACUGAUAAAACCAAAAUGGUGUUCAUUGAAGGAGUGGCGAAUCCAUCUAUGGCUGUUCCAGAUAUUCUCGGAACGUUUGAGUUUGCUAAGAAGCAUAAAAUAAUGAGUUUUGUUGAUGCCACAUUUGCAUCACCGAUUAACUUCAAGCCAAUAAAGCUUGGUGCUGAUAUCAGUCUUCACAGUUGCUCCAAGUAUAUCGGCGGACACUCUGAUGUUAUUGCUGGAUGUGUAACAACGAAAGCCAUUGAGCACUGGCAAAGAUUGAAACUUCAACAAAUGACGAUGGGGAACGCUCUGUCUCCGUACGAUGCUUCAUUGUUGGCUCGUGGAUUAAAGACUCUAGAUUUACGUGUACAAAAGAUAAAUGGUAAUGCUCAACAACUAGCUGAGUUCCUGGAAGCUCAUUCGAAGGUCAUUAAAGUGUUCUACCCUGGUCUCAAAUCUCAUCCAAGACAUGCAAAGGCGAAAGAAGCUUUGACCGGCUUCGGUGGAAUGAUAGCAUUUGAUUUGGGAAGUGCUCAGAAAGCUAUUCAACUAGUCGAAACGCUCAGAAUUAUCUCGCAUGCUGUCUCAUUAGGGGGUACUGAAUCACUUAUUGAGCAUCCAGCUUCUAUGUCUCAUGGAGAAGAGCUUUUGCGUGACCCAGAAGCACCCAAAGUGUCACCUGGACUCCUUCGUUUCAGUGUUGGCGUAGAACAAGCAGAAGACCUCAUUGCUGAUUUGGAGAGAGCAUUAGAGAAACUUUAA